AUGUUAAAACUCAUCAUCCCUUCAAUUAUACUAAUUCCAAUAACCUUUUUAAUUAACAAAAAAAGCUUACUAUGAACUGCUACAACUUUCUUCAGCUUUUUAAUCGCAGCUCUAUCAACACUUACAUUAAAUAUAGAUGUAGCUGAACAUAAUUCAACCAAUCCCCUUCUAAGCAUUGACCAAUUUUCAUGCCCAUUAAUUAUGCUAUCUUGUUGACUUCUUCCCCUAACUAUCAUAGGCAGUCAAGCACAUAUAAAAACUGAACCAAUUACACGACAAAAGACAAUAAUUUCUCUACUUAUUCUUCUCCAAGUCCUUCUAUGUAUUACCUUCGGAGCCUCCAACCUACUUAUAUUCUAUAUCGCUUUCGAAACUACUUUAAUCCCCACUCUUCUAAUUAUCACUCGUUGAGGUAACCAAAAGGAGCGACUCACAGCAGGCCUAUAUUUCCUAUUCUACACUCUAUCCGCCUCUCUCCCCCUCCUCCUUGCCCUUAUCAUAAUUCAAACUCAUUUAAACUCCUUAUCAAUCUAUAUUAUUCCUCUAUCUAAUCUCACCCUAUUAUUAAACACACCUUGAUCUGAAACCUUAUGAUGAAUCGCCUGUUUCCUGGCCUUUUUAAUCAAAAUACCCCUAUAUAUCUUUCACUUAUGAUUACCAAAAGCUCACGUAGAGGCUCCCAUCGCAGGCUCUAUAAUUCUAGCUGCAAUUCUAUUAAAACUAGGAGGUUACGGUAUAAUUCGUAUAUCAUCUUUAUUUAUUCCACUAACUAAAGAUCUGGCUGUCCCAUUCAUAAUUAUCGCCAUAUGAGGGAUAAUCGUAACUAGUUCAAUUUGUCUACGACAAACAGAUCUAAAAUCUAUAAUCGCUUACUCGUCUGUCAGCCAUAUAGGCCUAGUCGUAGCCGGCAUUUUCACAAUAACUCCAUGAGCAUGAUCUGGGGCUCUUGCAAUAAUAAUUGCCCAUGGAUUAGUAUCAUCAGGUCUAUUGUGUCUCGCUAAUAUUACAUAUGAACGCACUCAUACACGUUCUAUCUUCAUAAACCGAGGUUUAAAAACUUUAUUCCCUCUAAUAUCAUUCUGAUGACUUAUAAUAACUUUCGCCAAUAUAGCACUACCACCAUUCCCAAACUUCAUGGCAGAAAUUUUAAUCAUUACCUCCUUAUUUAACUGAUCAAACUGAACCAUCUUACUACUAGGGCUAAGCAUAACCUUAACUGCCCUUUUCUCAUUAAAUAUACUUAUUAUAACUCAACAUGAACACCCAAAUAAACAUGCACCAGUUAACCCAAGUACCACCCGUGAACACCUACUUAUACUUAUACACAUAGCCCCUAUUAUCCUUCUCAUUGCUAACCCAAGCGCUAUUAUAAUUAGA